GGCGCGUGCGCGCGCGCGUGUUCUCGGCUGGGGGCGGAGGAAGGAGGACUCGCCGAGGUCGGCCAGUUCAGUCAGGCGCUGGGGAAUGGCGCGUGCGCUGCUGCGGCUGUUGCCGCUGCUUCUAGCGGUACUGCAGCGGGCUCCGGCCCUCAGCCUGCCUUCGGCCCCGACGCAGCUUCAGAGCGUAGCCCCCCCAGGCACUGAGGGACCAUGCCCACUCUCUCAGUUCCCAUGUGGCCUUGGCAUCUGUAUCCCCUCCGAGUGGCUGUGUGAUGGUGACAGGGACUGUUCAGAUGGCAGAGAUGAAACUUCUUGCCGGACAGAGUCUUGUGCCCCUGGGGAGGAACGGUGCCCCUCUGAGACAUGUUCCCCAAUCAUUUGUGAGGGACCUGAAUGUGCUGCUCUGUGGACUGACACCAGCUGCCCCCCACCUCCCUGCCUGGCUGAAUAUCGAUUUUGCGAUGGGGUCAAUGAUUGUCCCAAUGGCACAGAUGAACGGCUUGUAGACUGCACCCUGAAGAUGUCCUCCCUCCGGUGCGCCAGGCAGGAGUUCCAGUGUGCCCCAGGAGUGUGUAUCCCACAUGCGUGGGUGUGUGACGGUCACCCAGACUGUGCCAGUGGCAGUGACGAACGUCAUUGCGGAGUGACACAGACUCCUGGAGACCAGAACACUACCCGGGGUCGUGGAGGCCUCACACCUUCAGAAAGACGAAGUGCGUACGGCCUGGUCAUGGCAGCAGCUGCCCUGAGUGGGGUUCUGGCUGCUGCCUGUCUCCUUGUGUGUUGCCAGACCUGGGCCCAAAUCCGGUGGCGCCUUCCCCCCCAACCAAACCUGGUGGAAGCUGUGAAGGAGUCGCUUCUGAUGCCUGAGCGGACACCAUCUUUCUUAAUCUGAAGGCCAGCUUGCCUGGCCUUCAGGACUGCUUUUGAUCCUCCCGGACGGCUUGUCCAUUUGUGAAACUGGCCUAGGUCUCCCAGGGACUCAGUGCAGAGCCCACCAGCAGGAGGAAAAGCAGAGGGGUGGGGGAGAGAGACUGUUAGCUAGACAGAACUCUCUUCCCCAUCGGCCUCCAUCACAAGCUACCUCUUUAAGGCAGCAGACAGGGCCUGACCUCAUUGCCUUCCUCUACCACCCUGGGAGGCCCUGUAUCCGGCACCCCUUGGAAAGGGCCGGAUGGGUGUGGAUCCUGGUUCCUUCCAACAGAACACAUCCUGCCUGCAUGUGGGGGGGUGGGGGGGGUGGGGGGAAAUUGGCUGUUGACUCCAGAGGUGGUCACACAGCCCGAUCACUCACUCAUGCAGCUGGUUUCAGGGGCUGUGCUUUUUGUUGAGUAAGGCUGGGUGCCCCUGGUAUUGGCCACAGGGUGGGGCUGGUGACCCCAGGCUGAGACACUCCAUUCAGUUCCCCGCUGAACUGCAGGUGAGGGGGAGGAGAACCUCAACACCUGUGAUGAUCUACAGUUCAGCAAUUAAAAUAUUUCUCAAAACUUAAGGCCUUUCCUCCAGUCUGUCUCCUGGGCUCCUUUCUACAUUUCCCCACAGAAGAAGACUGACCUAGAGCUCAUGGGCACUACAGCUGGAUGCAAGUAGACUUACCCCUACCCUAGAGAAAUUUACCUCUUCCUUUGGGCUAGUGGAGUAUGUACAAGGAGGGGAAGCUGGGUUAGGUGGUCUCUAAGGUUCUAGGAGACUCUGUUAACAGUUCCCCACCCUCUUCCCUUCAUUGUAAGUUACAGGUGCAACACAAACUCAAGUCAUGCAUUUUGAAGCCGCUAGUAACUUUUACUGUAGACAGACAGAAAGGAAGGAAAAUAGAAGCAUAGACUUUUUUAAGUCAGACUGACCUGGGUUUAUAAGAAUCACUCCCAUUUUGAUAGCACUGUAAUGUAUACUUUCCCCAUAGUAAUCCAUCAGAUAAGCAGUACAAGUGUUAUUCCCGUUUUUCUGAAAAGGAAAACUGAGGCCCAGAAAGGUUCGAUGAUUUAUUGUUGAGGUCACACAGUGUCAGAGCUGGGAUUUGAACCCAGAUCUCUCAACUGCCAAUGUAUAUAGUAUAUUUCUCCCACAGAAUUUAAAUUCCUUGAAAGAGAUCUUUGAAAGCUAGUUCAACUUUCCACUCCAGGUGGUGAGCCCUUUGACUGCAUCCCUGCUAGGUAGGAGGCGACAGGGUAGUGUGUAGAAGUCAGAGGGUCUGGGUUUGGGGCUUGCUUGGCUUUGCCAUUUAACUCUAGUUGGACCCCAGCCAAGUAAACCCUCUGAAUCUGUUUCCUCAUCUGUAAAGUGAGGGUUUGGCUUAGAUUAAACUCAGCAUUUAUUAAGCACCUACUAUGUACAAGGUAAUGUAAUAGGCAUUGGGGAUCCAAAGACCAAAUUGAAAUAGAAGGAAUUUACUAGUGAGGGGAGACAAGAAAUACUGAAUCACAAGAGUUGGCUGAGACCUUGGGCACCAUCUAGUUCUGCCCGUGCCUGAAGAACAGUCUCUUCUACAGCAGUCCCACCAAGCAGUCGUCAGGUCUUUGCUGAAAGAUCCCCAGUGAGGGGAGCCCCUAAGACGGCCCCUGCCCUCAAGGAACUUGCAGUCUAAUGGAGGAAGCCAGCAUGUAGAGAAGUCAAUUCUGUAAUUUUAGGAGGGAGAAGGCUUUCCUGGGGUCCAUCGGAAAAGGCUUCUUGUAGGAAGUGGCCCAUGAGCUGAUCUUUGAAGGAAGCUAGGGCUUUUUAGGGGUGGGAAUGCCUUCCAGGUAUGGUUCAGGAAGGAAGGGGCAACUAAGUGGAUAGAGCACUGGCCCUAAAGUUGGGAAGAUCUGAGUUCAAUUAUCACCUCAGACACUAGCUGUGUGAUCCUGGGCAAGUCACUUAACCUCAGUUGUCUUAAACAUCCGGAGCCAUCU